AUGGGGCGAUACCCAACCAGCGGCUACUGCCAUACAUGUCGAAAAAGACGUGUGAAAUGUGACAAGGCCAAACCGUCAUGCGGCCAAUGUUUACGCUCCGGCCAUUUUUGCAGAGGUUACCAGCCUGUUCUACGGAUGCAGCAUUAUGUGGCUAUGAGUCAAGAUAGCGCCAGAUCGCCGCGCGUAGCGACGAAAAGGCUUGCUAUUCCGAAUGACGGGUGCUUAACGAGAGCGGCCAUGGGGAGAUUUGAUGACGAGCUUCAUUUGUACUUCCACUCUGUCUAUCAAUGGGCGCCUUUCUGGUAUCCGAUGUUGAAGGCGGCCGUUGAUGCCGGCUCACCUGCUGUUAACCGGCUUUGCAGUUUAGCUAUUAUAUAUGGAUGCAUGGGAAAAGAACUCAAAGCUCAGACAAUGCUGGCGAAAUCUCAGGCGUUUUAUGCAGAAGCUCUACACCGAGCUCGAGCUCUGAUUGAGCAGACAGAUAAAACAGCAUUGGCUAAGCUAGUACCUGCAGUCCUUAUGAUGGCCAUGUACGAGUGGUCAGUACAAGACCGUACCGGGAAUACUCACAUCCAUGGUUUGAACCAAAUUUUGGAAUACUGCGGGCCCAAAUAUUUUGAGCAAGAGGCACUGAUUUCUAUAUACAGAUCAUGUAGAAUCCUGCAUACUUGCUGGGGUGUUCGAAACCGACGGCGCUCCCUUUUCGAAGCUCCGAGCUGGGCGUCUGUUCCAUGGAAACGCCAUCUCAAUACAACCGAGGACACACUGCUGAAUAUCUUGAUUGGCAUCCCCGGACUCAUUGAGGAUAUGGCGAAGCAGCGUGACUAUACGCGCUUUGAACACGUAAUAAGCGACUAUAUCUCGGAGCUUCAUCAAUGGCGAAUUGCGUGGCAUCGUGAACAUCCUACUGCCGUGUGGGAAACUUUUACAGACGAACCUGACUCGGUUCUUUCCUUGGACGAGACCCUAUCAAGGCCUCUAGAGUUCAAUUCCGUAUCUUUGGCCCUAGAAAUACUGUAUUGCGACGCCGCACUCGUACAGCUUACGCGGCUGAAACGGUACAUUCUCUUUCCGUCCAUGCAGCCAAAGCCAGUAAGGCCGGAGGAUAUGGUAUACAUUUGCCAAAUGGCGUAUGGAGCAAACGGAAAUGGCCUCUUGCUCCCUCACCAAGUCCGAUUCGAAUCCCAAUUAGCUAUUGAAGCACUGAGAAUCACUCAGUAUAUUACGAAGCAGUUACAAAGCUCCGCAAUUGACCGAUAUAUACCACCAUCGCCUUUUGGCAUAAUAUACUGGGCGUUGGUAGAUGAACCUGAAGUGCAAAGUUGCGUAGCUUCUAAGCUGCUCAAGUGCCCGCCGUUCUCGAACAACAAAACGUUUGACGAAUUUAAAGUGAACUUUCAAGUUCCACGAAGACGGUCAAUAGUGGGUUUGGAAAACUAA